GCUUCCACUGCAAGAGAAUCGAAGGCUUUUGGAAUUCAAUAUAUAUAUAUAUAGAUAUUUUAAAGCAGACACGCCUUGCGUUUAACUUCUCAUCAUGCGGAGUUUCAUAAAUACCAUAUUGUGCCUGCGAUUAACUGGAAACUGAAAAGUGUGUGCCGUGAAAUAAACUGGACUGGAAUGAUGAGUGGAACACAGCAAAAUGACGCCAAGAGACAGCAUCUACUUGAGCGGCUACUGGAUGCAGUCAAACAGUGCCAAAUCCGCUUUGGAGGAAGGAAGGAGAUUGCUUCUGACUCAGACAGCCGGGUGAUCUGUCUUUGUGCCCAGUUUGAAGCUGUGUUGCUGCACGGGCUGAGAAGGAGUCGAGGGCUAGCGCUCACUGCUGCUGCUAUCAAGCAAGUAGCUGGGUUCUCCAGCAAAGCAGAAACAGAGCUGUCGUUCUGGUUCUACGUGAAGGAACACCUGAACAGGCAUGAGCUGCAGCGCUUCUACUCACUGCACAGCAUCACCACCGAGGUGGGGCGUGGCCGGGCGUGGCUGCGCUGUGCACUCAACGAGCAUUCGCUGGAGCGCUCCCUGCACACGCUGCUGUCCGACCGCACACGACUUGGUGCUUACUAUGAAGACUGGGCCUUUAUAAUAGACGAGGAGAGAGCCAGUAUGCUUCCCACUAUGGCUGCAGGGCUGAACUCGAUCCUCUUUGCCAUUCAAAUUGACAACACGGACCUGAAUGGGCAGAACCGGGCGGCGCCCUCCGUCUCUCACCUGCUGAAGGAGUCAACGCAGGGGGUGAGCAGCCUGUGGAAGGAGUCGACUCAGGGCGUGAGCACACUGCUCCGCGAGAUCACCACCACCGCCUCCACCGUCAACUCCAACACCUGGCCAGAGCAGGAGGCUGAUCCGCUGCCUGUGCUGCCCCACAGCGCCUCUGCAGAAAGUCACAUGAAGAAGGAGCGCAAAAAGAAGAAGAAGAAGAAGAAGAAGGUGACAAACAUCAUCUCGUUCGAAGAUGACGAUGAGGGUGGCGAUGAAGAGGAGUGUGGGGUGAGGAAGAGUGGAAUGGGGCGUGCGAGCUCAGAGGAGAGGGAGCGCAGUGACCCCUUACCCAUGCUGAAUGGGGCGGGGGGCUGGGGGGGAGGACACGCCCACAAUGGGCACUGGAUCGACACGAAGAGCAUCGACAAUGAGGAGGAGGAAGAGGAGGAGGAGGAGGAGCUGUAUGGGAAGGCAGCCUCCGGUGGAGAGCUGGAAGAGGACAGGGGCUUAGCAGAGCAGCCCUUGGUGGGAAGCCUGUCAAGCUUGUCCACGUGCAGCCCCCUGCAGGUCAUCAACGACAAUGACAGCUCUGACAUCCUGCUCCCUGUCAGCACUGAGGACGUGGACUCACAGUCUGAGGCUGCGGUGGAGGGCACAGUGUACCGCAAGGAGCAGGACAGGGCUGCCUUGGCUGUGGAGCUCGCCCAGAGAGUAUCCCAGCUCCAGUUCAGCAUGGAAGACAGUCCCCCAGUGAAAACCAGCUCUUUGAACAGCGUGCUGCCUCCCACUGUCCUGCCAGAAUCAAUGACAGUCACUGAGCUUCGACAAGCCAUAGUCGCCAUGAUGAACAGGAAGGAUGAGCUGGAGGCUCAGAACAGCUCUCUGCGCAGCCUACUGGAUGGGGAGAUGGAGCACUCUGCUGCUCUCAGGCAGGAACUGGACUCUCUCAACAAGAGGCUGGCUGAGCUGGAGGAGAGGCACGCAGCCAAGGUCCAGGCUCUGGGGAGGGAGAACGAGGUUCUGAAAGUCCAGCUCAAGAAGUAUGUGGGCGCUGUCCAGAUGCUGAAGAGAGAAGGGGGGCAGACCAAUGAUGUGCUCCCGACGCUGCGGAACUGCGAUGGAGAGCCGCCCGUCCCUGAGCCCAAACCAGCCAGAGACUCGGAGGAAUUGGCAGCCAGCUACGAGCGCAAGCUCAUUGAGGUUGCUGAGAUGCAUGGCGAGCUGAUUGAGUUCAACGAGCGACUGUACCGCUCCCUCAUGGCCAAAGAUCACCUGGUGGCCCAGAUGCGGCAGGAGCUGAUCGACCUGCGGGGCCCAGUCCCAGGAGAUCUUAGCCAGACCUCCGACGAUCCCAGUUUGUCUGAUUUUGAAACUGCUCACAGAGCCCUCAUCAAUGUGUGGAUCCCCUCUGUGUUCAUGCGUGGACGAGCCUCCAAUGCCUACCACGUGUACCAGGUGUAUAUCAGGAUCCUGGAUAAUGAGUGGAAUGUGUAUCGGCGCUACACGGAUUUCCGGACGCUGCAUCACAGGCUGCGAUCCCGAUUCCCACAGGUCGACACCUUCAACUUCCCACCCAAGAAAGCCAUUGGAAACAAGGAUGCAAAGUUUGUGGAGGGCCGACGGAAGCAGCUGCAGAGCUACCUGCGCAGUGUGAUGAACAAGGUGAUCCAGACCCUGCCUGAGUUCACAGCCAGCCCCACCAAGGAGAACCUGCUCCAGCUGCUGCCCUUCUGCAUGGACACCCCACCUUUGACGGACAGUGAUAACAAGCCCGCCCGAUCCAAAUUCCCCAAACUGUCUCGCAGCCAACAAAGAGAGAUUCGCAACCUGGAACCACAGAGUGGAGACCUUUGACAUCUGACCCCGAACCCCAAGAAUCGAGGCUGAACCUGCUAGACAAGAGACCUCCACCAGGUGACCCCUAGAAUCCCUCACACCACUCGACCGCCUACCAGCUUCAACCCCUGGGGAGCCCACAUUCCUUUCCACUUGCAGAUCUGCACUAAACAACAUCUGCACUGCACAUUGGGCUUCAGAGUAAAGAUGGGGACAAGCUUUUGGAAAUUUUGUAGUUGGAAUUAAUUUUUUUGUCAAUCAAAUAUUGAUUCACAUGCGUAGUAUUACAUGCAGAUUUACAGAUAUAGAAAUGUUAGUCUGCUGGACCAAAUCUUUCUUUAAGUGUUAGUCAGAUUCCUUGGUGUUUAAAGUUGUGAAUGACAGAUAUUGAUUCACACAAAGAUUGGCAUGGAUUUUGCCUUAAUUGUGCAGAAUGGGCCACUUCAGUUGACUCAUGAAUUAUGCAAUGUAGGAAUUAAUAUAACAAUAUAACUAACUUAGGGAGUAAUAUUUAAGGCUGACAUUAUCUACAGUAGAUCUGCUUUGUACUUGGACACUGAACAACAAGAUCAAAAUGUACCUGUAAGUGUUCUUUGUUGCAGGCUCUUAUGUCUGUCCCAUGCGACUGAUUUUGUUCAACAACAGGGCCCAAUUUCACAUCACUCACAAUGAUUCUAGAACUACAGGCAUAUCUGCACCUUUUAAAGCUGCUAGCCUUAAGUUUAUAAACAAAACAAUACAGAUAAUAUUUAAGGACUGACGAGAGUUCGCUGAGGAUGGAUUGACUCCAAAAUACUUGGCUCCAAUGGGAAAAGAGGGGUUCACUAAAACUAUUGUUCCGAUCAAAAGAGAUCUAACCCUGAAUGCUGCUCCUAUGGUACAUGCUUGAUUUAAAAAAAAAAAAAAAAAAAACUACAAAAGGCGCUGUUUGGCACAAUGUUUUAUUUCAACCAGUUUUAAACCAGAAAUGGCCUUAUUUUUCAGCACAGUUCUUCGAAAGAGGUAUUCCACAUUAAUGGACCACUGUACUGUAUGUUUCAGUGCAGUGGUUUAAAUACCCUGAUCUCUAUCUGAGACUGGUUACUGAUCAAAUAGUGAAUUUCAUCCCACCUUGGCAUGUACUCCAUUGUCCUUGCUAUGAGUAUACUUGUGACACAGGCUACAGUAGAAAGAAUGGUAGGUGAAUUAUUUUUAGUAAUAGUGUAGGUGAACUGCGUCUGAUUUGUAUUCUUGAAUGUCAUGUACAUUGCUUGCUGCGUCUUGGAGCCAAGAGAUACUCUACUAACUUGACAUGGACUCUCAUUGAAUGUGGUCGAGACCAGCACCGAAUGGACAUGAAUAUGCAGAUGGAUCUGGAAACCCACAGAAACUCUCUGAAGCAAAGCAGUUGAAGCAGCCCAGCAGGACUUAGAAAACAUAAAUUAUGUUCCUGCCAAUGUGGGUGAAUACAUCAUGCCUGUGUGAUUGCCAGGAGAACCCAAGUUCCCUCAGUCCUCUACCCUAGAAUGGUCUUACGCCAAGUUGUUUAGUAACUCCACUGCAACUACAGAGCUACGCACUUAAUUAUGUUGUACAGUAAUCUGCUACUGCAGUCGGUUCAGUAAUCGCCACAGUACAUAGAAAUGGAUAAGGCUCUUGGACAUGUAUUCUAGAGUUUAAAAGUAGUACAAUUUAUCAAAGAUUUUCUGACUGCCUUAAACAAGUAGCCUUUUUAUGGUUUAUUUUUUUUAUUGCAUUUCUUGUGGACAUGGGAAAUGCAAUGUAACAAUAAAUACAGAAAUUAAUAAAAGAUCAAUGCCAUGGUGUGUAGUACAGUGUGUGUACAAAGGGAGAUGGUCGUUACUUCAUUGGUUUGAGGACAUGUCCAGGGAAAGCUGGGGCUGCAGAGCAAUGAAACUUACCAGGCAGCAGCAGCGACCCAUAAGGAGGACAAAGGAGCCUGAAAAUCAAUGAUCUUUCCCCUUUAAGCACUUGCAAUUGGGUAAUGUGACCCAUCCAAUGCAAGCCACUGUGGAAACAUAUGACAGUACUAAUGACAGUGUCCCACUAUGACUCCCACUACCAACCACACCACCCUCUACUGCUGCCAGGCAGAUUGUAUUGCUCUACAGCAUGCACUUAGUCCAUCUUUGUCAUAAGCAAAUGCACUAAAUAAAACUUUGAGUUUGA